AUGUCUUGUAGAGUUGAGAACAUGAUUAGCAAUUUAUUAUUGGUUCUGUUUCUGCUGUCAGCUCCAACAACUGUUUUAACAGAUUCCCACUCUAUGCAGAUUCUUGCAACUUACAUUAAAGGAGUGACACCAUUUCCUGAAUUUAGUGUCACAUUCAUGUUGGAUGACAUUACAGUAGGACACUUUAAUUCAGAUACAGAGCAAUACUUUACACGAGAUAAUACGACAAAUGAAGAUGAGACUGUUUCACAUACCUAUUCUAUAGCAAUCUAUGCGCGCCCCUUUUUAGCGGGAAUACUCACAUUUGAAAACAAUACACAAAGUCUUCAGCUUUAUCAAAUGAUAAGUCACUGUGAGCUGCUGGAGAAUGAUAAGUCUGGACAAAUGAUAACAAAGUUUGCAUUCAGUGGCUCUACUAUCAAUGAAAUUCAUUUUCAUGACAACAAGUUAACACAUCAAAGCACAAACGAAAUGGCAACACUAUUUCAGGAGUAUUUCAAAUGGCGUUAUGAGAGUGUCUGCUACCCAUCCUGCAUCACAAUUCUCAGAAAUUACAUUAAAAAAAGAUGGCAUCAAGUUAAAAGAAAAGUGAAACCACGAGUCAGACUGUUUCAGAAAGCUUUAGAUUCUGGAGGUGUUCGAGUGAGUUGUUUGGCGACAGGAUUUUACCCUCGUCACAUCAACCUGACCCUGUUGAGAGAUGGACAGCCUGUAUCUGAUCAUGAGGUCACUGGAGGAGAUCUGCUGCCCAAUGGAGACGGGACGUACCAGAUGAGGAAGAGUCUGGAGAUCAGAGCAGAGGAGAGAGAAAAACACAAAUACACAUGCGCUGUUAAACACCUCAGUAUCGACAACAAACUAGAAGUCGCUUUAGAAUUUGACCCUGGUGUGCCAUUUAAAUCAGUGAUUCCCACAAUACUGACAGUUUUAUCUCUGGUGUUGGUGUUUAUAACUGGAGUCGUCAUAUAUAAAUGCAGGAAUAGAAGAGCAGAUCAAGAUUGUGGAUCAUCAUCUAAAGUGAGUUAUUCAUCUGCUUCAACAUCUGAAGAAUGCAUUGACGCAAUAACACAACCACAACAGCAAGCUACUGAGAUCAGUGAAACCUUAAGUAAUUAAAAAACUGAAAUUGUAAGCUUCAUAUACCAGUGUUAAGUAAGCCAAAAAGAGUACCAAACACCCAAUGAUGGCUGUUUAUUGUACUGCGGGUAUAAUAUAAUUGUGCGAUGGCUAAUAUAUCUUUUUUAUAUUGUUGUACUGAUGCCUCAUGGCCAUAUUUUUAAACUGUUUUAUUUAGUUUGCAUCUCCACUUGUAUAUUUUCAUUAAAAGUCUAAGGGCACAUUCAUUUAUACUGAACAGAAAGCCUGAAUGUUAUAUGUAGUCUUUCUACCUUAAACUUUUGUAUGAUUGACACUCGAGUGUGUCGUAUUUUG